ACCUCGCCACAACCUUAAACCCUAGUAAAAUCAACACGCCACAGUCGGUCGGAGGCGCAGGCAUAUAAUAUCUGAUUCACUGAAUUUGCGGCGGCGCCGAUAAUUGACUCCGCUGUGCGGCUCGCGUGAGGGAAAGUAUUUGUGGAGCUGGCAAUGAACAAUAGCGACAAGAAGAAGAAGAAGGUGAAGGUAAGAAAAGCUUCAACUGACGUCAAAGUUGUUGCUGCGAUGGUUGAAACUCGGCCGGUGAAAGAUGCAACACCUGCAGGAAAGAAAAUGAGUCAGAAAUUGAGUGAUAAAAAAAGAAAGAAGAGCCGGCCAGCCAGAAGAGAUGCUGAGCCUGAGAGCAUUGUUCCCAGCCUUACCAAUGAAAUUGAAGAUACAAUUCCUAAUAAACCAAGUAAGGCAAAUUUGCUAAAACAAAGUAAAAAGAAGAGGAAGAAUGUUGAGAGUAUCAGCCACUUUGAUAAAUCCAACGACAAAAAAGAUGCAUCUGAAGAGUGUAAUGAUUCUAUACCUGGAGAACAAUUUUCAAUUUCUGGAAGAAUUAGUGAGGGUGAUGCUGAAGCCGCAAGGAACACCAGAAAAGGUAAGUCAAAACAUCCCGAAAGAAAGAAAAAGAAAAGGCAGCUAGUGUCAAAUCAUAUACCCUCUGACAAUUUGCUGGAAACAAGAGAAGAGAACGUAGAAGAUGAAGUUUAUCAGAUGUCUUCUGGGGAUGAAGAUUACUCGAAAGGAAUGAAAAAAUGGAUCACACACUAUCAUCAGAGUAGACCUGGGCUGGAGGUUUUGCAAGAGAGGAUUGAUGACUUCAUAAUGGCUCAUGAGGCAAGAGAGGAGCAGGCUAAAGCAGAGCGGCUGGCCCAAGCUGCAGAAGGUGGAUGGACUGUUGUUGUGCAUCAGAAAGGUCGUAAGAAGAGUACUGAAGCUGAAAGUGGAAUUGCUGUUGGUUCUGUGGCCCAAGCUGCAGUCCUUGACAAGAUGGGAAAGAAGAAAAAGAAGGAAGUUGGCCUAGAUUUCUACCAGUUCAACAGAAGGGAAGCACAUAGAAAUGAGAUCAUGAUGCUGCAAAGCAAAUUUGAGCAGGAUAAAAAACGCAUACAACAGAUGCGAGCUGCAAGGAAAUUCCAUCCCUACUAACUUGCUUACCUGGCCCUGAUAAGAGUCGAAUCUCCUCCCACCGUCAUUCACUGCUUUUCCUUGAUGGUCGUUGGAUCUUAAGUUUUUCGCUCAUCUUUUGUAGAUUCAAGGUUGAGUCGUGUUCUUGAGAGAGAUCUAGGUUCACUCUGACGAGCAUUGUUGUAUCUGCUUUACCUCUACCAAUUGGCUUUGUCGGAUUGUAUUUGGAUAUAUACUGCGGCUACAGAGCAAUUUUUUGAAGUAGAAAUCCAUAUAGCGAAAUUAUUGAUGGCUA